GGCACUUUGGAUUCAUUGUAGGUUUUGUUGUAACGUUUGGAUAAAACGUGUAAGGUCAGAUAUUUUUAGGAUGACAAUAUAUUUGUCUCUACGUGAAUUUAUCGUGUACUAAGUAUUCAUGAAGACACUAAACGUACUGUAUGUCUAGUUACUGUGUUUAUUAUUUAAGAAAUCAAAACAUUAUUGUUUUUCAGCGAUUUACACCAUUGAUUUACAGUUGGCUCAGUUUUUGGCUUUAACCAAAGUUUGUAUACGUGGCUUGUACGUGGUUGAACUUUAUGUUUAGCUUCUUAAGUAGUUUCUGUUUAAUUUGCGAGAUUUUUUUCGCAAGUACUUUUAACAGUACUUUGUCCGAGUAAAUCUGUAGCAGGCUAUCAUGACUUUGAUUUUCGGUGAUUUUCAUGUACGUUCUAGGAUACUUCUAUUUCUACCUAGGAGUAUGGCGGCAUUUACCAAUUUACAUAUUUGUAGGUUUCUUUUCAGUCGAAAUUGUGAUAAUUUUCAGUCACUUACCAACCUCCUGUUAUAUUGUCGUGCAAGCAUUUCGCCAUGUUUCACGAAAAAGGUUGUUUCAAGGAUGUGACUAAGAUUUCCAGACAGUUCAUAGAAAUGCAAUCGCCUUCUGUUGUUUUAGAUUAUUUGUUAUUAUCAGAAGUUUGUAGAAUUAACGAGUUUGAACUGCCAGAUUGUAAUCCAAAUUUAGGUCCAGAAAUAUUCGUCUACUUAGUAUUAAUCUUAGUAGUAAACUCUGAAGUUUAUUCUGAUUGCUUAUUUGACUGACUACCACGUGAUAUUUUUAUUAUACCAGUGCAGUGCUAUAUACCAAGUGUGCCCCCCUUAGAAAACCACCUGCUUCGGUUUGGGCAUCCGGGCAGUAUCACAGCCCUCACACAUAUCAAAUGAGAUCUGUGUGCCCCAUAUGUAUUUUGUGCCUCUUUGUACCAAUAUCUAUGUGUUAAAAUAAAUCAAUAAAUAGCGCGAUAUCUUAAUGAGGCGACUUUAUUUGAACUGCGUUCAAUGUCUUUUUAGGCGAAUAAUGUGACAACUCAACUCAUAAAUCUGAAUACCUGUAGCAUUAACGACUAUGAUGGGUUUAGUGAAAAUGUUGAUAACGGUUCAAAUAGUUGUUUAAUUCAAGUGGCAUAGGGACAUUAUAACGUACGUGUAAAUUAGGUGGCGUGUAAGUUGAUAUGGAUUAUAAAAAUGGAAAAACUUGACUGUAGAAUUAAAAAUUUUAAACAUGACUUAUAGCACUACAGUUGGGAACAUGAUGGUGACGUUAUUGUAGUUAGCUUAGUGACAUUUAUAAACAUAUGUCAAUGGUAAUUAAAACUAAGAAAUGUCAGAAUAAUGCUUUGUCUGAAAACAACACACUUCAAUAGUAGUAUGUUGUCACAUAAAGCUUUUAAACACACUUAUGUAACAAACGGUUUUGGAAGUGGUUUUUAUAAAAUAGAUGUGUAUUGUCUAAGCGAAAAUAUACAAAUGUUAAGAAAUAUCGUAAACAGUAAAUCACCCAGCAAAAUAGAAUAAGCCUGCGAUUUAUGGACGACCUUCGGACGACACUGAACAGAUUUUAAAAAAACUACUUAUUAGGGUCAAAAAUGGGUUAUGAGUUACUAUGAGGGGUCAGGAUUAGGAAUUGAAGUAUGGGUUUUCAUCACAAGCCCAUAUAAUUUAUAGUGCCAAAAUGUUGUUUGACCAUUUGGAUCAGUGAAUCCAUUGCUAUAAACCAAGGUUCUUCAUCUUAAGUCUAAAUGUCUCGUCCUCAAAUUAUAGUCUUACUCCACUCACUGGUCAUAGUAUUUACAACACGUUUUAUGUAUUGGACCAAUUUUCAACAUUAUUUACUUUUAAUUAGUUUUUUUAUAACUUUAGUGUGAAACUAAAUAGUGAAAUUUGUUCUCUCAAAUGGAAGAUCCUGAACGACAUUUCGACUGGGAUCAUGGAUUUCCUGACAUAUCUCCUAUUUCUAACAACACAUCUUAUAGCUCAUUCAGAGUGAAUCAGUCUCUAGAUAAAAACCUAGGCAUGUAUACUUUGCCUGAAUUUCAUAACGAAGAUAAGGACGAAUUUUUUAUUUAUGGGACGUGUAUAUCAGUACGUGGAGAGCAGUCUGAAUCCCGACCUGACUAUAUUGAUGAAACGGUAAAUGAUUCUCCAGUUCUUCCAGAAUAUACAUCAAAUGUUGAGGAAAGUUAUAAGUCAAAAAUUAAUGAAUUGCACAAACAAAUAAGAAACUUAGAGGAGGAGGCUAGUCAAGUUCCUAUUCUACAGGACAAUUUACGUUAUUUGUAUGAAGAAAACGUACGCCUUCAUGAGAAAGAUGAAAUUAAAGAGUCUCAUCGAUUUCAAAACGGUGAACACAUUGAUAGCACUGAUGAAGAAGUAGAAGAAAUCGUUGAAGAGGAAGUCCGAACAUAUAAAAAGGCUCCUAAAACUGACCCUGUUGCUAAUGACCUUCCUAGUCCAAAUCACAUUGGUAACUUGAAUAACGGGAUCGAUAAGAGCCAGUUUCCUUCGGAAUAUUGGUCUAAACUGGAGUCGUACUUCUACAAACGCUUUUUAUCGGAACGACCUUUUACUCAUAAAAUUGCCAUGCAGUCAUCGGAAGCUAAUAAACGCACCACAGCUACUAUGGCUUAUCCUAUCAAAUCGUCCGAAUUUAGAUGCGUUGGUAUCAAUGUUUGUCCAUCCAUUCAGGAAGUUGGAGUUCUCUGUUCACAACCAGAAACACGCGAAUUUGGCUGCCUUUUUUAUGAAACCGAGUCGAUGACUAAAGAAUGGUUGAAUCGAGUUUUCCCAAAAAUGGAAGACAAAAAUAAGAAGAUUGUACACAAAGUUAUACGAAGCUUUUAUGAAAGUCGUGAAGAAUUUGUUAGUACUCUGUUAUCAAUUAUUAAAAAGUCUGUUUGUCACGUGGGUAUUCAAUCUCAAAUGGUCAGCCAAUCUCGUGGUUGUUCACCUAUUCUGAAGGAAAUAGAAAAAACAGUCUCGAACCCGAACUUAGUCGGUCAGUCCCUUCAGUCACAGGUCUCUGAGUUUGUCCAGGCCAUGCCUGUUUUAAACAGUCGGUGUACUAUGACAAAACGUCAUCUGGGUGUUAAUGCUGGAUGUCUAACAGAGUCUCCCGUCUUACGUAGUCAAGGUACCUCCCCAAAAAAGGAUUUACGAAGUUUUACUACAUGUGGUGUACAAUACGAAAGCAAUGUGGAAUUGGUUCAUAGGGCUUGUGAUCCAAUAUAUCCUGAACUAAAACGUAUCGCAUCAUCAACACAAACACUUGAGUGCAGCAAAAUGGUCACUGACGUUCCUUUACAUAAAAAGGAUAUCAUAGUAAAAUCCUACCGAUCUACAGAAUCCUUUGAGAAGACUGAAAAACUUCCGAGUAUUCAAGAGACAAAUGAUUCGAAUUCUGUUUGCAUUACUAGACCAUCGAGAUGUGAUUCUCCAAGGUUAAGCCAAACAAUGAUUCCAUUAUCGAGACUGCCUUCAUGUACAUCGAGUUAUUCUGAGGGUUAUACUGUAUCUACUGAAAGACGUAUGGUCGAUGAACUUUCACAACGUUAUAUGCUCUCGGAUAAAGUAAAUCUAGAUGAACUAAGUUCUGGUGGGCAGACUGCAUUCCAGGAUGUUAUGUCAAAAAGUGUUGAUUUAGGAAGUACUCAUGUUAUAAAAGAAUUCCAACCAACCGUCGAAGUUUUUCAUCAUAUCGGUGAUGAAAUUGAAGAAGUUGAUCCUUCUACUUUGCCAGAUGAAAUGCUAUCCCCAUUUCGAGUAAAUUCACCUCCCGGGUUUCCUCUUUCCCCUGAUUUUAUUAAUUUGAAAUCUGAUCACAGAGUGCGCCAUAGUUCCGGUUUAUCUAAUCCAUUGACUUCUGAUCCUCCUACUACGCCACCCGUAUUAAUACCUAUUAUUCAUGGACAAACUGCAAAACUCCCCGAGUCAGUUCCAAAACCAUCAUAUUCCAAGUAAGUGUCUUCAUUAAAUCCUCAUUCUCUUGUCUCUCAUUUUUUAUCAUUAUUAAGGUAUGUUCUGUUCGAUAACUGCUACCAUCAUCGCGAUAUAAAUAGUACUGUGAUCAAAAACUAAUUAAAGUUCUGUUACAGGCGUUCAGGCCGUUAUCCAUACCUGUUAUGAUUAUUUCUUGAGGGAUUUCAAAACAACUCAAAUUAGAAGUGAAGCCUUUUUGACCUUAUAGAGCAAACCUAAGAUAUAUUGAAUAAGAACUUUCGUCUAAAUUUGAACGAAUAGUUUCACAAUAUUUGGGCGCCGAGUUAAUUUGAGACAUUAAAAAGAAGAAUAUAUUUGUAAAAUCUCAGCGAAUGAAUUAUAAGUAAAUCCAACAUUUCGCCUGGCAAUCUGGUCCAAGCUUUUUCAAGGAAAAUAUAAUCAAACAACAAAAUUAUCGAAUAUAAAUAGGUACAUGGUUCUUCGGUUUACUGUAUACUGAAUAAGUCAUCCAAUCGACGUGAAGGAUUUCUUUAUAAAUAGGUAUUUGUAUUAAUGUGUAAGAGACAUGUUUAUAUGAAAAAUAAUAAAGGUC